AUGUCACAGAAACUUAACACACCAGUUGAGACGCCUUCUGGGCUCGUCUUUCCAAACCGACUAGUGAAAGCAGCUAUGGCAGAGGCUAUGGCAGUAAACUCCGACCCCGGUGAUAGAUACAUAUCUGCAUACACCAGCUGGGGCUCAGGUGGAUGGGGAGGACUCCUAACAGGAAACGUUGAGGUUUCUACCAUCUAUAAAGGAAGUAAUGAUGCUAUCACCUUCAAGCCAGAUGCAUCGCAGGCCACCAAGGAUGCCUGGAAACGCUGGGCUCUUGCAGCACAACGUGAGGGCACACCCACAAUUGUCCAACUCGUCCACCCUGGAAGACAAAGUCCCGCAAAGAGCGGCAACCGUGGAUUCUUCGAACCAUCUAUUGCACCGUCGCCUAUUCCCCUUAACAUCGGCGAUGGCCUACUCGAACGAGCACUGGCGAAAUUUGCUUUCGGAACACCGAGGGAAAUGACCGAAGCCGACAUCCAAGAAGUUGUCCAGCAGUUUGCUGUCGCCGCUAAGUUCGCCUACGAGUCUGGAUUCAAGGGUGUAGAGUUGCACGGUGCCCACGGAUAUCUCCUAUCCGCAUUCCUAUCUCCCAAAUCCAACGUCCGUACCGAUGGCUACGGUGGCACAGCAGCGAAGCGCGCCCGCAUCGUGAUCGAAGUCAUUCGCGCAGUUCGGAAACUGGUUCCCGCCUCGUUCACCGUCGGUAUCAAGUUCAACAGUGCGGAUGUCAGCGGCGCUGAAAAUCUCGAAGAGUCUCUAGAGCAGGUCGGUCUCAUCGCCAAGGAGCAGAUCGACUUCCUUGAGAUCAGUGGAGGAUCUUACGAGAACCCUCGUAUGGCGGCUGGUGAUGAUCCGAAGGCAGCACGGACAGCUAAGCGAGAAGCUUUCUUCUUGGACUACGCUCAUGCUGUGAGAGAAAGAUAUCCCAAUCUUCUUCUCAUGGUCACUGGCGGCUUCAGAAGUCGGAAGGGAAUGGAGGACGCACUUCAGAGUGGGGCGGUGGACCUCAUCGGUGUGGGGAGACCCGCAGUGGUCUACCCGCAUCUCCCGAAAGAUGUGUUGCUGAAUCUGGAGGUCAAGGAUGAGGAGGCGACGGUGGAUUUGCCUUUGGCGAAAGCCCCGUGGCUGCUCAGGAUGGUGCCUAUCAAGUUGGUUUCGAUAGGCGCCGAUACGGUCUUCUACGUCAAGCAGAUUAUGGCUCUUGGUGAUGGCAAGAAGCCGGAAGCUCCCCCAAAGCAUUAA